GCUGGGAGGGAGGAGACAGCUCUGAAGGGGUUGGUGUGUCAGGUUUCCAUGCAGAGCACGUGUGGAUAAUGCGAGCUGCAACGCUGCUGCCUGUUCCAGCCACUGCGCGAGCCGGGAGCAUGGGGCAGGUGGCUUGGAAGGGUUUAUUUCUAUCCCUUUUUGAUUAUAAAACAGAGAAAUACGUCAUUGCGAAGAGCAAGAAGGUGGGGAUUCUCUACCGAGUGGUGCAGCUCUCUAUCCUGGCUUACCUGGUGGGGUGGGUGUUCAUUGUCAAGAAGGGCUACCAGGACACAGACACGUCCCUCCAGAGCUCUGUCAUCACCAAGCUGAAGGGGGUUGCCUUCACCAACACCUCGGAGCUGGGGGAGAGGCUGUGGGAUGUGGCAGACUAUGUCAUCCCUCCACAGGGUGAAAAUGUCUUCUUUGUCAUGACGAAUCUGAUUGUGACCCCAAACCAGAGGCAAGCCACGUGUCCUGAGGUAGGGAGAACUGAGCCCCUUGGCCCCCAGACCCCUACAAAACUGGGGAGUGACAGAAUUCCCGAUGCCCUGUGCUACAAGGACAGGGACUGCAUGGCAGGGGAGGCAGUGGUGGCUGGCAAUGGGGUUAAGACUGGCCGUUGUUUGAAAGACAGGGACAGCAUCAGAGGAACUUGUGAGAUAUUGGCCUGGUGCCCAGUGGAGAAAAGAUCCAAGCCCAAGAAACCGCUUCUCGCCAGUGCAGAAAACUUCACUGUUUACAUCAAAAACUCAAUACGCUUCCCCAAGUUUAAGUUUUCCAAGAUGAAUGUGUUGGCAACCAACAAUGAGUCCUACCUGAAGAGCUGCCGGUACAGCACGGAGCAUCCUUACUGCCCCAUCUUCCUCCUGGGGAACAUCGUUCAGUGGGCUGGGAGUGACUUCCAGGAAGUGGCCUCAGAGGGUGGUGUGAUAGGAAUUCAGAUUGAAUGGAACUGUGAUCUUGAUAAAGCCCCUUCUGAAUGUAAUCCUCACUAUUCUUUUAGCCGUCUGGAUAACAAGUUUGCAGAAAAGCCCAUCUCUUCUGGGUAUAACUUCAGGUUUGCCAAAUAUUACCGGGAUGCUGAAGGAGUAGACUACCGGACGCUCAUUAAAGCAUAUGGAAUCCGCUUUGAUGUGAUGGUGAAUGGCAAGGCAGGCAAAUUUAACAUCAUUCCCACUAUUAUCAAUAUUGGUUCGGGGCUUGCUCUCAUGGGAGCGGGAGCUUUCUUUUGUGACCUGGUGCUGCUGUAUCUGAUUAAAAAGAGUAACUUCUAUCGAGGCAAAAAGUACGAGGAAGUAAAGUCCACUUCCAGGAAAUCCUUAUCUAGUCCUACGCUGAAUGGGAAUCAGAGCCCUGACCAGGUCGGUGGGCUCUAGACACAGCGAUGGGUCUGCUGGCUGGGCUCGUGUGCCAGGAAAACCCUACAGGUGUUGAAUCACACCAGCACUGGGAGGUGGAGAUGCCCCACAUCAGGUCUGUCUUAUUACUGGGAUUCCCAGAGGAAAAAAAGUCCUCUAAAGACUGCCUUUCUUUCCCUGAGAUGUUCUCUGGUAUCCUGAGCUUGCAUGAGUGCGCCGUUUCUAUGGAUUUAUAAAAGGAUUUUAUAAAAGUAAAAAGAAGGCACCAAGUGAACGUUUUUGUAUCUACUGGUAGAUAUAUCUGUACCUACAACAGUCACUGUUAUCCCAAGGCUGUGCUUUGCUUCCAUGUGCUGGAAUGUGAAACACCACUGGCUCUCAGAGGGCUGAAGCUGAGAUACAACCCAUCCCCUG